CUCUUCUUCGAUAGCAAGGUCCCUUACUUUCACAAUAAUUUCGUUUACGUCCCUUUCAUUUUAUUCAUUAUUUAUUCACUUCGCUACCUAGAUUUCUCUGCUUUUUCCUUCAAAAAUCUUUUCUAUACUACUUUCUCGCAAAAAUCCCAAAUCUCAAAUAUGAUUCACAGCAAAAUGUUGAUCAUCAAAUUUUCUUGGUUUUUCCUAUUACCCAUAAACAGUUGAGAGAAAUAGAAAAAGAGAAAGAAAAAGAUGUUGGAUAUGAGAAGACCUCACUUUAUUUUGGGUUUUGACCCUUCUUUAUGCUGCGAAAAACUGAAUAUUCCCUUCAGUUUCAUAAAGCAUGUUGAAGGAAGCGGGUCAGGAACAGCUUUGUUAGUAGGUCCUAGUGGUAACACCUGGUAUGCAGACAUCGUUUUGCUUGGUGAUAGGUUAUUCUUUCAAGAUGGAUGGGCAGCUUUUGUUAGAGAUCACUUUCUUGAACAAGGUGAUACUCUUGUUUUCAGAUAUGAUGGUGAUUUGCAUUUUACAGUGCAAAUUUUCGAUAGGAGUUUAUGCGAGAAGGAAUCUGCAUUUAGUGCUGCAAGCAGUCAAGAUUUAAGCAACUAUGUUAGUCAUGAAGCGAAAAAAAGAGACAGGGAAAGCUCUGGUUACUUAGAUAGCAUCAUGGAAGGCGUUCCGAAGAAAAUACGAAGUUCUAAAAUGCAUUCUGAAUGCUUGACUAAAAAUCCGGAAAAUUGUAUAUGUGGUAUAGACGAGGAAGAGUGCCUGAAAGAAGCUGAUAGCAACAGUAAAUUAAAGAAUUUUGUAACUGUUGCUGUACCAUCUCAUGCCGAGGUUUUCAAUAAGAUUUCAGCAGAUCGACCAAUUACUAAUAGGACCACCAAGCUAGACGUGCUGUUAUCAGCAUCAGAAGCAGAAAGAGUAGUGCAAUCUUUCACUUCAUCUUUCCCCAAUUUUACAAAGGUCAUGAAAAGAUUCAACGUUAGUGGUUCGUACACUCUGAAUGUCCCAUAUCAGUUUGCAAUGGAACAUCUUCCCAAAUGCAAAGUUAAGAUUUUGCUUCGUAAUUUAAAAGGAGAAAGUUGGACAGUAAAUUCAAUCCCCACCACAAAAGUCCAUACUUCACAUACUUUCUGUGGAGGAUGGUUGGGCUUUGUUCGUGAUAAUACUAUUGAUUUGGGAGAUAUUUGCAUCUUUGAGCUUGUGCGCAAGUAUGAGCUGCAAGUGCGAAUUCUGCAUGUGGGAAAGGAACGGAUAGAUGGGAAUGUUGGUGAAGCAUUUCAUAACAGGAACAUUAAUGGUUCUGCUGGCACAUCAAAUAAAAUAUCGAGACGUAAAUCAAAGAAAAUAAGUGGACUUGCUAAUAGUAAGAGGGGAUCUUCUCUCUCCUCACAUACUUGCAUAGGAGAAUCAGAUAUCCAGAAAAAAUUUGGCUCCUUGAGCAAACAGGGUCCUUAUGCUAAAGGAUGUAUGUCAAUGAAGUCUGCACCUGAAGAAAAAAUAGCUGUUGAGUCUUUUGUCUCCAAUUUGCCUCAUUUCGUGAAAAGUAUGAAGAAGUUCAACGUUAGUGGUUCUUAUACUCUGAAAGUUCCCUAUCAGUUUUCGAUGGAUCACCUGCCAAACUGCAGAACGGAGAUUGUCCUUCAUAAUUUGAAAGGAGAAUGUUGGACUGUAAAUUCUAUCCCUACUAUGAAGGUGCAGACAUUGCAUACUUUCUGUGGAGGGUGGAUGGCGUUCGUUCGUGAUAAUGAUAUCCAGAUGGGAGAUAUCUGCAUAUUUGAGCUUAUUGGCAAAUGUGAAAUGCGUGUUCACAUAUCCGGUAUUGGGAAGAAAGCUGUAGACUAUCAAAACGGGACAUGAAAUGCGGAGGGAAGUUGAUCUUUACCUGAAGUACCAUGUGAUGUUUAUUGGCGGGCUGCAGUUUCUUCUGGAUGGUUGAAAUAGGAACAUUUUCUAGCUGCUCGUCUCUUCGUGUAUAUAAUGGAACAAUUAGUAGAAAGGAAGAGAUAAAGCUGCUUUUUGGGUUGGAAAAACAUCCUCGGUAUGUUUUAGAUUUAUGUUACAUGUUGAGUUUUAUGCUAUAACUUCUGGUGGAAUUCAGUAUUUAGAAGCAUGAAAUGCCUGUGCCAGUGUAGAUGAUCAAAUUGGAACUCGGUGACUGUUAACCAGUAAAAACUAGCUGAAAGAGACGUGAAAAUUGUGCAUAACUUGUUUUUCAA